GGAUAAAAGAGUGUCCAAAUCCUCCACUUAAAGACAGAAACGUUCGUCUUGGACACUUGUGAUCGUAUGAUCAGGAAGUUUUGGGAUGAAGCUGUUGAUCAUCGCAGCUGCCUCUCUGGCAGUGGUGAGCUGUGCCAGCCUCUCUCUGGAGGACCUGGAGUUCCACGCAUGGAAACUCAAGUUUGGUAAAUCCUACAGGACCCCUGAGGAGGAGGCCCGGCGCAAAGACAUCUGGCUCUCCACCCGCCGCAGGGUUCUGACCCACAACAUCCUGGCUGACCAGGGCAUCAAGACCUACCGCAUGGGCAUCAACCACUUCUCCGACAUGGACAGUGAGGAAUUCAAGGAGAAGGUCCUCCUCAGGAGCAUGAUCCCUUCCAAUAAGACCAGAGCCCUGCCCCACCGAGCCGCAAAGCCCCCCACACCUAAAGGGGGCGCUGUGAAGCUGUCUGCCUCUGUGGACUGGAGGGAAAACGGCUGUGAGACGGAUGUCAAAAACCAGGGGGCGUGUGGAUCCUGUUGGGCCUUCAGUGUGACAGGUGCACUGGAGUCCCACUACUGCAUUAAACAUGGACGCCUGCCCUCUCUGAGCGAACAGCAGCUGGUGGACUGCUCUAGGCCCUAUGGGAACCAUGGAUGCAAUGGAGGCUGGAUGAACUCCGCAUUUCAAUACGUCAUUGAUAACGGAGGGAUCGACACUGAGGCCAGUUACCCCUAUGAGGGAAAGGACAGAAACUGCCGCUUUACUGCAGCUGGUGUUGCUGUGACCUGCAGUGGAUAUGCUGAUGUAACGCCCCAGGGUGAUGAAUCUGCACUGCAGUACUACGUGGCCAACCAGGGACCCGUGUCUGUGGCUGUGGAUGCUAAAAACUUCCACAACUAUCACUCUGGUGUCUUCUACGACUCUUACUGCAGCAGCAGUCAAAUCAACCACGCUGUGCUGGUGGUGGGUUAUGGAACUGAGGGGGGUCGAGACUACUGGCUGGUGAAGAACAGCUGGGGCACGUCCUGGGGAGAGGGUGGCUACAUCAAGAUGUCCAGGAAUCAGGGCAACCAGUGUGGCAUCGCCUCUUAUGCCUCUUUUCCUAUAAUUGGAUGAGACCAAUCGGAACAUCUGAAGAUAGCUUUAAAGGAAUUCACCGUAUUUUCAUAUUGAACAAUGUUAUUCCCUUAACUAAGACGAGUUGAUACAGUACAUACUGUACUUCUCAAGUUUCAAUGUGUGCAUUCACAGACUCUG